ACUGAAAAACAUUCAGAACUACACGGCACACCUACACACCAUGUCAGUAAGUAUUUAAUAUUUAAAUAAGAGUGGAAUUCAUACAUUUACAUCUUUGAUUCAUUUAAAUCAGUCUUCUAUUUUUUUAUCUUUGUUUGUACUCUGUUAUUCUUUGCUGCUCCUCAACAGUGUUUUCGCUCUUAAAGGAUCUUUGUUCUCGAUCAUGACCUGGAACUAAGAGGACUUUAACUUUACAGGAGGAUUUUUGUGAAGUAAAAAAAACGAAAUUCUCCCUAAAGCUGUUCAGUAAUGAGCAGUAAAGUCGCCUUUUGCUUGUGGACACCACAGAACAGUGUGAUCCAGUCAGAAACAAGCAGCUCUCUUCUCCGCUGGUCUCAUGGCCUCGGUGUGGAGAAUGUCUUAUCCGCUCUUAUAAAUCUAGAGAACUUCCAAAAUGUCACAUGUUUCUUGUCCUUUAACUUUUCUUCUAAACCUUAACAACCAUCAAACCUCUCCUUCCUUCACUCCACCCCUCAUUUUAACCUCCGUCUCCUCUGAACUUUAGCGCUCUUCUGAAGGGAACCAUCGGUGGAUCGCUUUCCUCUUCCUUUUAACCACUUUUCUCUUCUUUCUUCACUCCUACUUGGAUUCUUCUUCUGUCACUCAAUGUUUUCUUCUUGAGUGUGUCUGCUGUCUCUGUUUUCCUUCCUGCUGUUGUCAGUGUUGUGUAUAGUAGAUUCACAGCUCUCCUCUGCUAUGUGGUGGUGGCUGCUCGGGACUCUGAGCUGCUUGGCGUUGGCGGGGGUUGUCACCUUCUUCCUGGUCACCGGGAAACGCCACAAGGUGUUCAGUGAGAAGUGCCUGAGGCCGCCGGGACCCCUGGUCACUGAUAGCAAGCAGAGGGAUGCCAGGCUGAAGACGGGGUUUCGAGUGGACCGUGUUCCCGCUGAUCUGGAUGCGGUUGUGAUUGGCAGCGGCGUGGGAGGUUUGACAGCAGCAGCGCUUCUAUCCAAAGCCGGGAAGAAGGUUGUUGUUCUUGAGCAACAUGAUCAGGCUGGAGGCUGCACACACACCUUCGAGAAUAAGGGCUUUGAGUUUGAUGUGGGCAUCCAUUACCUGGGCCAGCUUCAUGAGAACAGCAUGUUAAAAAUUGCUUUGGAUCAGAUCACAGAAGGACAGUUGAUAUUCACAAAGCUGGAGAAGCACUUUGAUACGCUGGUCCUGGGUCAGCCUGACCAGCGCAGAGAGUACCAUAUUCAUGCUGGGAAGACUGAGAUGGCAGCAAGCCUGAAGAAGCAGUUCCCAGGAGAAGACGAUGCCAUUGAUGAGUUCAUGAGACUGAUGAAGCUCGCCUCUCGGAGGACGCCCCUCAUUGCCAUCUUGAAGAUCGUACCUUACUGGCUGGUUGACUUCCUCAUUCGGACUGGCCUCUUACAUCGCAUAUCUUCAGUGUUUCGCCUAGCAACGACCAACCAUUCAGAACUAAUGUCGCGCCUCACAAAGAACAAGGACCUGCAGGCUCUGUCUGCCUACCUGUUCUACGGUGUUCCUCCUAAACAGUCCAGUUUUCUCAUCAACGCUCUCCUCCUCCACCACUACAAGCGGGGUGCGUACUACCCACGAGGGGGCGCCAGCGAGUUUGCUUUCCACAUCAUCCCGGUUAUUCAGCAGUCUGGAGGUGCAGUGCUGGUCAGGGCUCCUGUACAACGCAUCCUCCUCAACCAGCAGGGGAAGGCCUGUGGUGUGACGGUUCUUAAAGGACAAGAAGAGAUUGAGGUCCGUGCCCCUGUUGUCAUUUCUAAUGCUGGAAUCUUCAACACCUUCCAGAAGUUUCUACCUCAGCAGAUACAGGAGCAACCAGAGAUCCAGUCGUUGUUGGGUAUGGUACGUCAUGGAAUGGGUUCCUUCUUGGUGUUCGUUGGUUUGGAUGGAACCAAAGAGGAGCUGGGCAUUGUUUCCACCAACUUCUGGAUGUAUAAAGACAAUGACUUGGACUCACUUAUGGAAAAAUACUCUUCUCUGAGCAAAGAGGAGGUAUUGGGGAACAUACCCAUGAUGUUCAUCACCUUCCCAUCUGCUAAAGACCCAACAUCCAGCAUCAGACACCCAGGGAAAUCCUGUAUGACUUUGCUAACUAUGGCUCGCUACGAGUGGUUCGAGGAGUGGGAGGGGACGAAGCUUGGCAAGAGGGGACAGGAUUACGUGGAUAUGAAAAACGGCAUGGCCCAAGAGCUGCUGGAGUGGGCGCUGACCAUCUUCCCUCAGCUACGAGACAAGGUGGUGAUGGUAGAUGCUGCCUCCCCUCUAACUAAUGUGCACUAUCUGGGUGCUCCGAGAGGUGAGAUGUACGGAGCUGAGCACAACUUGGAGCGCUUCAGUCCGGAAGUGGUUGCUAAAACUCGACCGGAGACUCCGAUCAGCGGCCUCUACCUGACAGGGCAGGAUGUCUUCUGUAACGGCAUGGCUGGAGCUCUGCAUGGCGGGCUGCUCUGUGCAUCAGCUGUCCUCAACCAGAUUCUCUACAUCGACCUUCUGGCCCUGAAGACCCGCCUCAAACACAAAAAGACGGAUCCCACGCUGGGCUGGUAGCAGCAGGGCCGAGGUGGAGGCCAAAUGCAUGUAAAUGUCUCAGUGUUUUCUGGAUUUGGUCGUGAUUUCUCAGAUGUUUUCAGAAUGCCGUGUGUUGCAGAACUUUCCUGGUUGGACAAAGCAAUGUUUUUGGAUGGGCACUUGUGAUUAUUCUGUUCAUUUUAUGAUCCAGUAGGUGUAUUUGUCAUUGGUUGCCUUCUCCUUUUACAGCUCUUUGAUCUGCAAGUUACAGAAUAGUUCAAGCAGCAGCAUCUCGAUUGGUUUCGUGUCCAAAUCCUACAAAACUGAUUUCACUUGUUACAAAUCCCAUAACGUACUAUAAUCAGCCCCUUUAGCAAUAAUUAACCAGAAUUCACUGAAAAGAAGAUCUCUGUGCUCUCAGGUAGAUUGGCCUUUCAUCGGUCUGUCUCAUAUAAUGCACAAAUAAUUGCAUAAGUGAUCGAUUAAUCAGUCAAAAGAAGCAGGAACUUGGGAAUUCUUCCAAUUUCUUACAUUCUGCAGAGCACCAUGUUAGUCCUUUAAAAUCCUCACACUGUUGUCCAAGUUUCCCUUUAAACAAUGAGCUGUCAGUCAGCAUUGUUUGGCUAGUUGGUGAGUAUUAAAACACCAAGACAAAGAAAGAGAAGGUUGAUGAGAGGGAGGCUGAGUUUGUUCCAUCCUUGACGUUGCUCCUCUGGCAUCAUUACCGAUUGUAGAAAAUGUGAAGGCAGAAUAGAAGCCUCAGAGUCGUAGCAUUUUGUGGAAGUUUCACAAACUGGAGGAAGGAUGAGUGGUGAAGUGUGUAGUUUGAAAGUGUGGAAAUGUUCUGGAACGUGCUUCAUAAUUACAUAAAAGGCUCCAAAGUUUAAAAGCAGUGGUGUACUCUGACUCAGCUUGUGGAUUUUGUUGCUUUGAAUAACAGUUUUCAGCUAUUUAUCUCUAGAAUAAUGUUCAAAUUAUUGAUUCAACCCUGAAAACCAAGAACUGAAGGAUGGAAAAGACAUGGAAUGUGGUAAAAGAGCUGGCCUUGGAAAAGUUCUCCGUUAAACUGAAGCAUCCUGUAGCCACAUUAUUACGUACACACAUGACACUAGCUUAUCAAAUAAAUCAUGUAAAACCCA